AUGACGACUAGCGGUACAGACGAAGCUAAUAGCUCUGGUUACAUUAGACCACAGACUCCUCAUCAAAUUGCUAGAAAUGCAUACAACCAAGAAUUAUCAAUUAAUGAAAAUGUUCUAAUAAUGUCUGCUAAAAACUUAGCGAGUCUAGAAGAAUCCAAG